AGAGAGAGAAAGAAAGAGGAGAAGGAGCAGAACGCGAACGCGAACGCCAGUUACAUCGGUACAGUACCGUAACGCGCCUCCUGCCGGCUCGCAAGCACUCCGAACAAGCGGCUCUCCGUAUAACAACACUUGCGCUUUCGUUCGCACGCGCGCGCACGCGAUCUUCGGGCUUUGUUUUUCGAAGAAAACAAAUUUCUUAUUUCCAUCGUUGAUAGGACUGUGUGCUGAAAUGGCUUGCCUCGAUGCGCCACGAAGGACCUGAGGAUAGAGGCUCUCUGCGAUUCGAUCGACGUGGUGCGGUGUGAUGUGCAACGGAAAUCGGUGUACGUUUUACCAAAGGAUGCUCGAGUCAACCAAACAGCCCCGAUCGUAACAUGCGCGAUCUCGCUCUUCGCCGGCAGAUCAUCGGUGCAGAGGAAGUGCGGAGAGCCUCCAGGCCGCCUGACGGCUACUUCUGACCCUCGUGGAACGCGGCUACGGAGAGACUUAUUGUACAGCAGAUCAAGCGUAUAGCGAAACAUGGUGCUGAGCACGAUAGUCGUGACGUCGGCGCUAAAGGGCGCGAUCGGCCUGGUAGGCACGGGGCUGUGGCUGGUCCCGCUGCUCAUCGCCGGUCUCUCCUACUAUCACUAUGAUCAAUUGGAUCCGGAGAGCCGGCCGAUCGAUCGCUAUCCCCUGGACGCCGAGUACGACUUCGUGGUGAUAGGCGGCGGCUCGGCUGGUGCGGUGGUGGCCAGUCGACUCUCGGAGAUCAUGCACUGGAAGGUCCUGCUGCUGGAGGCAGGACCCGACGAGAACGAGAUAACGGAUGUCCCGUCACUCGCCGCCUAUCUCCAGCUGACCAAGCUCGACUGGAAAUACAAGACCGAGCCGAACGGAAGGUCCUGUCUGGCCAUGAAAGGCGGCCGCUGCAACUGGCCCCGAGGUAAGGUGCUCGGGGGCUCCAGCGUGCUCAACUACAUGCUCUACGUCAGAGGUAACCGGCACGACUACGAUCACUGGGAGGCACUUGGCAACCCAGGCUGGGGCUACGAUCAGGCUCUGUACUACUUUAAGAAAUCGGAGGACAACCGUAAUCCUUACUUGAGGAACAGUCCGUACCACGGCACUGGUGGUUAUCUGACUGUGCAGGAGUCACCGUGGAGAACACCCCUUGUAGUGGCAUUCGUGCAGGCGGGGACCGAAAUCGGCUACGAGAACCGCGACAUUAACGGGGAGUACCAGACCGGCUUCAUGAUCGCCCAGGGGACCAUCCGAAGAGGAACCAGGUGUUCGACGGCGAAGGCUUUCCUCAGACCGGUCAGAUUGAGGAAGAACCUGCACACGGCGAUGAAAGCUCACGUGACAAGGAUCCUCAUAAACUCGGUGACAAUGAAGGCGACGGGGGUUGAGUUCGUGCGCGACGGUCACAGACAGCAAGUGAGAGCCAGAAAAGAGGUCAUCCUGUCGGCCGGCGCCAUCAACAGCGCCCAGAUACUCAUGCUGUCUGGAAUCGGCCCAAGGGAGCAUCUCCAGGAGAUGGGCAUCCCGGUUCUCAAGGAUCUCCGGGUUGGCGACAAUAUGCAGGACCACGUGGGCAUGGGUGGACUGACCUUCCUCGUGGACAAGCCCGUAGCCAUAGUGCAGGACCGAUUCCAGGCUGCGCCUAUGACGAUGCAUUAUGUGGCCAACGGUAGGGGUCCAAUGACAACCCUUGGCGGCGUCGAGGGCUACGCGUUCGUUAACACCAAGUACGCCAACGCCACCGGCACCUAUCCUGAUAUCCAAUUUCACAUGGCGCCGGCCUCCAUCAACUCUGAUGCCGGUGUCCAGGUGCGCAAGGUCCUCGGCAUCACCGACGAAGUCUACAACACGGUCUACCGUCCAAUCGCCAACAAGGACGCCUGGACCAUCAUGCCGUUACUGCUGAGACCUCGGUCGCGAGGCACAGUCCGCCUGCGCAGUUCAAACCCCUACCAAAGCCCAAAAAUCGACGCCAACUACUUUGACGAUCCGCACGACAUCGCUACCUUGGUGGAAGGUGCUAAGAUAGCCAUGCAGGUGAGCGAAGCCAAAGUCUUCAAGCAGUUUGGCUCGAGGGUACAUCGAAUCAAACUGCCCGGAUGCAAGCACCUCGAGUUUGCUUCGGACGAUUACUGGGAGUGCCACAUUCGUCAUAUAUCGAUGACGAUCUAUCAUCCGGUGGGAACUGCAAAGAUGGGACCAGCCUACGAUCCAGAAGCCGUUGUGGAUCCUCGAUUAAGGGUCUACGGAGUAGAGGGACUCAGGGUCAUCGAUGCUUCGAUAAUGCCCACGAUCAGUAGUGGAAACACUAAUGCUCCUGUAAUCAUGAUUGCCGAAAAGGGCUCAGAUUUGAUUAAAAAUGACUGGGCUGCCGUUGAGAAUGCCUUGUAAUUGUGUACCGGUAUUCCGAACGUAUUCUUUUCGUUUUUGUUACAAUGUAAAUAUUCGACGAUUGUAUAAUAUUAAGCAUGUGAGGAUUGUGUGCCUAUUAUACAUUGUUAUUUCCACACAAAAGGAGAAUUCUUGAUAUUUGUCGUGUAAAAAGAGUAAAUAGGAUAAUCAGUGCUCUUCAAAGAGAUAGUCACAGUAAAACAGUUGAUAGAUUUUUAAUGUUAUAUAAAUACUUAAUUGUUUAGACAGGAAUGCGUAUUCGGCAAAUUAUGAAAAUAUAUAAAUUCAUAACGUUACGUCAUUUUUAAGAUUGAUGAUAAUGUAUAAAAAAAGUCUCGAUUCAAAAAUAGAUCUAAUGUUUGGUGUUAUCGAUGAAUUGAGAAAAAAAGCAAAAAAUGAGACAAAACAUUCUAAUGUUAUGUGUAUGUAUGAUAAGUGCAUAUAAGUCAAAUUAAUUACUGUACGCUUAAAGAUUUGUGAAAUAGCAAUACUUUUUCACUUCUUAGACUUGUAAGCCCACGCUAAUUUAAAUUUGCGUGAACGUUCUCAGGUAUUAUUAAGCUGCUUGUGCCAUAACACUUGUUUAUUAUAGACUUUUUAUCUGAUAAUUAGUAAAUAAGAAUCAAAAAUAAAAAUUACUACCGACACUAAAGAAUAUUAUCGUUUAUGUUAAGUUUGUAGAGAGAUUGCGCUAAAAUAUCAGUGAACUAUUUAAAAUACUGUCUUCAUACGUACUUUCGUAGUUAUUGCUUGAAAUAUAAGUGCAAAAUACAGUACGAAUUAUCUAUCAGCACAAUAUACUUAUUUUACAGUAAUUUGUAUCAAAACAACAUCGAUUACGUGAUUGUACUUAUUGGAGUUAUAGCGCAAUGCCCUCAUAAAGAUGUAAAUUUUUUGUAUAAAAUAAUGUUUGUUGUAUAGCUAUAUAAUAGUAUUAAAAUAAACUUUUUAUAUUGUUAAUGA